AUGAAGCAACGUAUUCAGAGAAGCUUCAACUCUUUAUCGCACCCGAUCACACGACAAUCCAUCGCGUUCUUCUUGUUCGGAACGAUUAAUAAUGCAAUUUAUGUGGUAAUCCUAACUGCAGCUUUGGAGCUAAUACCAAAAGGAACACCAACUGGUUUAGUCGCUUUCUUUAACAUUUUUCCCGCUUUGAUCGCUAAAGCGAUUUGGCCUUAUGUCUUAAAAGGAACGGUACGUUAUACACGUAGAAUUUGGAGUUGCGUUUCGAUGAGCUUUGUUGGUCUUUUGGUGAUUGCUCUUUUACCUUCACUUUAUACUCGUUUAGCCGGAAUCGCUUUGGCAUCGUUUUCGUCGGGAUUGGGAGAAUUAACAUUUUUGCAAUUAAGUACAAGAUUUAGUCGAACAGGAGCAGGAAGAGCCGUUGGUUGGUUUUCCAGCGGGACUGGAGCAGCAGGUCUUGUUGGUGCUUCAGCAUGGUGGAUCGUCAGACCUUUGGGUGUGACGGAAGGGCUGCUCUCUCUAAGCUUUUUGCCCGUUGGAAUGGGGUUCACCUAUGCUGUCAUUCUAACCUCCGUUCAAGCUGUCGAUGAUGCGGAAGAGGAUGCUAAAGGAUCAUAUGAGCCUCUACAAGCUGAAGCAUUUGAUGUUGGGGAUGAUUCGGAAGGGGAAGAAGAGUCUGAAAGCUCUGACAAUGCAAGGACUACCGGAAGAGCCCCAUCAAAGUCUGCGGCACUAUCUCUGAGAGACAAGAUCGAACUUAUCAAGCCAAUGUUGUUUGUUUACAUCGUUCCGUUGGUAAUGGUGUAUUUUUUCGAGUAUACCAUCAAUCAAGGCGUCGCACCAACUCUACUUUACCCGCUUCCGACACGCUCAAAUCACCCUCUACUUUCACUGGUGAUCAAAAAGCUGAAGGAUUAUUAUCCUUUCUAUCAGUUGACAUACCAAACGUUCGUCUUUCUCUCACGUUCCUCAAUCUCAAUCUUCCGCAUGCCAGCCAUUCCGAAAAGAUACCUCUGGGUACCAGCGAUUUUGCAAGGCUUGCUAUUGAUCAUCUUGACUACCGAAAGCAUCUAUGCUUGGUUCCGUGCAAGUAUUGCAAGUCCAUUAUCCAUCGUUCUGGUUUGCGUAGAAGGUCUCGCAGGUGGAAGUGCAUAUGUCAGUGUAUUCUAUCAAAUUGGAACGGAUAACAAAGGUUCAAAGGCAGAAAGAAUUGUACCAUCACGACAAAAUGGUCAGGGACAUGAGCAAAACGGUCACGAUGAACAAGAAACAGAAGCAAGUGAAGCACGUCGUGCACAAGAACACGAAUUUAGGAUCGGAUGUGUGGGUGUUGGCGAUACGAUGGGAAUCAUGGCAGCUGCAUUAUUCUCUAUGCCGUUAGAGCUUGCUUUGUGUGAUGCACAAGUACAACGUGGAAGGGAUUUGUGUAAGCAAGUGUAGUUGGUUGCUUGUCUGUAAAAUUUGUAUACUACUCUCAUUGUCGCGUUGAAUGACAUUGCACUUGACGAACUUUUGAUGGAGGUAUGCAGUGACACUUCUUUGAGAACACACACUCAAAGCAAGGCAAUGGCUUAAGUCAUAAUCGUAAUAUUGGGAGAGCAGGAGAGAUGGAUAUAUAAGGUUUGGACAUGAGUUACGGG